AAAAAAACAAGAGUUCCGUGAUAUUCCAAAAAGUCCCCAUCUGACACCAGAGGACCAGCGAGUAUAAGAAGGCUGCAGAUCACUGCCCCAGCACCAGUCGCACGGGGCGUCGGUGCUGAGGUCAAGAUGAAGCUGCUGCUGGUUGCGUUGCUGGUGGCUGUGGCUGCCGCCCAGUCCUCCUUUAGGCUGCCUGCGCCUUACACCUACAGCUGCAGGAACAGCAAGUGCAUCAAGGAGGAGCGCAGCGGUUCCAGGGAAAUCCGCUCCAUGGCAUCAUGCCAGCUGACUUGUGGAAGGUAUGGUGCUCUGUGGCCGCAGCCAACCGGUGACGUCCAGUUGGGCUCCCAGACUGUCGCCUUCUCUCCUAAGAACAUUCAGGUGACGAAGAUGGCAGCCACCAACCCAAAAGUAACACAAAUGCUGGAGGAUGCAGUAAAUCACUUCACUCGUAACCUUCACUUCAUCCAUCCUCACUACCCUAAGGAAAAGAAGACCCCCGUUCUUUACGACGAAGAAUAUCAAAGAGACGAAGAGCCCUCGGUUGACGCUUACGAAGUCUUUGAGCGCGUGAGGCUCCGAAGCGAACAGAUCGCCGAAGAAUCCAUCUUUCAGCAGCAGCAAGAGCAGAGGCUUCCUUACUCAACCAUCAACGAGAAGACAAGAAAAUAUCUCAAAUACUCUCCCUUCCUGAGAAAGAGGAGCACCCCGACAGCUGAGAACCACAACCUCAACAUCGACAUCACCGUCACCUCACCAGAGGACCAGCUCACCCUCGAGACUGACGAGAGCUACACCUUGGUGUUGCAGACUGCCAGGUCUGAGACCACCGCGACCAUCGUGGCCACCACGUAUUACGGCGCUCGCCACGGCCUGGAGAGUCUGUCUCAGCUUAUCGCCUACGACGAUAGCAACAACGCCCUCCAGAUCGUCAACAAUGCCAAGAUUCAUGAUGAGCCUCAGUUCAAGUACCGAGGUCUUAUGCUGGACACUGGCAGGAACUUCUACCCCAAGCAGGACAUCAUGCAGCUUAUGGACGCCAUGUCCCAGAACAAGAUGAACUACUUCCACUGGCACAUCUCCGAUUCCGCCUCUUUCCCCAUGUACUCCAGCAGACGCCCUGAAAUGGCUUAUUAUGGCGCCUACUCCCCAGAGGAAGUGUACUACCCCGAGGACAUCACAGAGAUCGUUAAUUACGCCAAGCUGCGAGGUAUCAAGGUCAUUCCCGAGUUGAACGGCCCAGCCCAUACCAACGCCGGCUGGCAGUGGUCCGAGAAGGAAGGUCUUGGCAAACUUGUCCUCUGCACCGACAACAACAAGCCAUGGUUCGAGGUUGGGAAGGAACCCCCGAGUGGCCAGGUCAAUCCCAUCAAUCCCCAACUGUACUCUGUCCUCGAAGAACUCUACAGGGACAUGAUGGACUACUUCGACCCCGAGAUGGUCCACAUGGGUGGUGAUGAUGUGAGCUUCAAGUGCUGGCAGAACUCUGAAGAAAUCAAGGAAUACCUUGCUGCUAACGGCCGUGAAGCCGUCAGCCAAGAGUUCUUCGAGCUGUGGAACACGUACCAGCAGAACGCUUAUUCCAAGCUGAGGGAGGCAUCAGGCCCUUACCGCAGUGUUACCCCCAUCAUCCACGCCUCCAGCUAUGCUCUCAACUACGCCGACAAAGAUUCUUACAUCGUGCAGCUCAACAUGGAUGCCAACGAUGAAGAGAUGACCAAGUACAUCAACCAAGGAUUCAAGGUCAUCUUCUCCAACCAGGACGUGUUGCGACUGGACUGCAUUGGUAACAACUUCUAUGGAGAGAAGGCCGAGAGCUGCAAGAGAGAGAUCCCCACAUGGAGGAGCUUCUAUGACAACAGUCCCCUUGACAUGCUGGAGAACUUGGGCGUGAGCAACGCCCGUAGCGACCAGCUCAGGAGUGGCCAAGCUGACCCCAUCAAGGAGCAGGUGCUGGGAGGAGAAGCUACAUUGUGGAGCUUUGACACUGACGCCAACGGCUUCCAGGCUAAGGCUUGGCCACGUGUUUCUGCAUUGGCUGAGAGGCUGUGGACCGACCCCAUCUCCAACCACGGUGAGGACACCAGUGCAAAGCGUAUCAACAUCCACCGCAAGCGCAUGGUAGACCUCGGCGUCCGAGUUGACCCCAUCCAGCCCCAGUACUGCAUGCAGGAUGAAUCCGCCUGCUACAGCAAGGAGCAGUACCUUGCCCGCUCAGCCUCUCUCACCGCUAAUCCAGAAAACCCAGUCCAUCAUCAUCAGCAGCAGCAACACUCUUAAUUUGCUAAUCGUACACUGACCUCAUACAGAUAGAAAUACUUGAGUACAGGAAAGAUAUUUCCUUAUGACUUUUAUUGAAAAUUUAACAACUAGAUCACCUGCGAUGUCGAACAGGAAAUUUUCAGCGAUGGACACUCCUUAUUCAGAUGCAUUACUCUGGGUAGUUUACAAACGAUGUAUUACUACGCGCUGAAUAAACAUUUCAGGGAAUGUU